AUGAACGAAAACCAACUUGAUGAAGUUAAUAUGUUAUCACUCACAAAGUCAAAAUCUACAACUGUUUUAAAAGAUUCCUGUGAUAAUACCAACAACAUCGAAAUCGUGACCGAUAGCGAAUCAACUGCAACAAACUAUAGUAAUGUGGGAACUGUGGGAUCUGUAUCAGAAAGUGAAAUCGCGAAACGAAAUCAAGAAAUUCAUUCGUCAACUAAUUGUAAAGAAAUUGUUAAACGAGACCAAGAAACCCAGACUACUUCGUCAUCAAAUGAUUGUAGAGAAAUCGUGAUACGAAAUCCACAAACACCAACUGAUAUAUCGCUUCCCCACGUGGACAUCACUGGUUCGUCCAGAAAUAUAAGGAGAGGUAGAAAUUUUCGAAGAAAAUGGUCCGAACAUGAACUAAAAGCAUUAGAAGCUGGGAUGGAAGAAUUUGGAACUAGUUGGUCAAAAAUAUAUGACAAAUACGGAAACGCCUAUGGUAUUUUACGUAAUCGUAGUCAAAUUCAACUAAAAGAUAAAGCUCGUAACGAGAAACUUCGUAGAAAAAGGUGUGGAAUCGAAAUAGGUGUUUUCGAACUUGCUUCGG